CGACCAUUUUGACAUCGUCCGUCAUACCGUUCGUAUGCCGGACGCUUAUGACGAAAGGAAGCUCUCCCCAUGGACGGUCCGGCAUGUCAUGGCGGCGAUAGACGUCAGACGUAUGACGGACGCCCAUCUCUACCGUCAGAUGGUCCGGCAUAUCAUGGCGGAUAGAAAUCUACGUAUGUGUGUGUAACUGCACAAAAAAAAUGACACAACACCAUCAUGUGGCGUUGUUUACUUGUGGUAUUCUGGUUAUUUUUUUGUCGUGGUGUUUCAUAUGUUUUGCGUGGUAUCUAUGAUUAUAUUCUUUUUCUUUACCUAGGUUGCAUUUGUCUGCCGAUGCUGCUGAAGAAGAUUUGAACCGUGGAUCUAUAAGAUAAAGAGACGUUAUGGGCCCAGGGAAAGUUCUAGGAAAGAUUCCUAAGAAAUAAAGUUAAAAGCCGUUUGUGUAUUGUGUUUUCGUGCGUGCGUGUAUCGUAUCGGUUUCUGGCGUGAAUCGAAAAAGACAAUAAUGGCGGACGUCGGAAAGUUCUCUUUUCCUAGGCUAAAUAACCACAAUUACGUAAGCUGGAAGUUCCGAAUGGAAAUGCUGCUAAUUCGGGAAGAAUUGUGGUAUGUGAUAGAUGAACCGAAAGUUGAGCCAGUGACGCCGCAAUGGAUCAAAGAUGAUAAAAGGGCUCGCGCAACGAUUGGUCUUUGUGUUGAAGAAAACCAGUUCAGCAUCGUGAAGACAGCAGAUUCAGCAAAGGAAUUCUGGGAAAAGCUGCGAGCGUACCACGAAAAGGCAACAGUGACGUCUCGAGUGUCAUUGUUGAAGAAGCUUUGCAAUUUUAAUCUUGCCGAGAACGGUGAGAUGGAGAGUCACCUCAUGCAAAUUGAGGAAUUAUUCGAUCGCCUAACAACUGCGGGUCAAACAUUGGACGAAUCGCUCAAGAUUGCUAUGAUUCUGCGCAGCUUGCCAGAGUCAUACAAUGGGCUCGUGACAGCGUUAGAGUCGCGAGCGGAUUCCGACAUUACCAUGCAAUUGACUAAAGAAAAUACGGAAGAAUAUCGUCUAGAUGAUGGGGAAGAUGGCAGCGAAGAUGGUGUAUACUUUGAUACGAAUGAUACUGAGGAAACAGAAGAUUCCCUCGUGUUAUCAGAGGAUGACCACGAACAGCUGGAUGAAAAUGGUGUGGAAUCCGUAAGACGAUCCAGUCGAGUGAAUCGUGGUGCACUGCCUAGAAAGCUCAACGACUAUGUAGUAGGUGUUGCUACGCAUACGGUUGAUGAACCAACGAGCUUUAAAGAGGCAAUGAUAAGCGAAAAUCGAGCGUCAUGGAAACAAGCUAUGGACAGUUAG